GCCCAGAAGUUCGCCGAAAGCACUUUCCAGAGCCGACGCAUUCAGUCCUUAAUUCUUGUCAAUAGCUUUGCCGACACUUCGGUCUUCAAUCACACGGAUUCAGCCGUUAUGUUUUGGAUGACUCCGACUCCUCUGCUUAAGAAGUUAGUGAUGGGCAGCAGUUCUAUGCAAACCACUUCUAGAGAUCAAUCCAUUUUAGACGCCAUUCAGUUUAUGGCAGACAAAUUGGACACUUUAUCUCAACCAGAGUUGGCCUCCAGACUGACUCUCAAUUGUCUUAACUGUUAUGUCGAACCGCAAAGACUCCAGAAGUUAGACAUAACUCUAUUGGAUGUGUUCGAUCAGUGCGCUCUGAGUCAAUCAGUUCGCGACGAGUUAUACAAACUAUAUCCAGAGGCGCGAAGAGCUCACCUCAAGAGUGGCGGCAAUUUCCCGUAUCUGAGCCGUUGGGAUGAC